GUCUCUGAAGUCUAAACAUUACGAAAAGCCAUCCCCUUUUGUAUGAAGCGGAUUGUCAUUAAGCCUCUCGAUCGAAAACCCAGUUUGGAUUUAUAGCUUUUAGUUUCUGAUUUUUGUUUUGUUGUUUACUUUUUUCCAAAUUCUGUGCUUUCUUCGUUUGUUUAUUCAAGCUCUGCAUUUCAGCUCUUUUGGGUCUAAGCUAUUGUAAAAAAAGCAGGAAAUUUUCUCCCUUAGCUGUAGAAUGGAGUCUGAAAACGGGGUAACAAUGGAGGAAGAGAUACUCGUCAGUGAAAAAGCAGAAGUUGAAGAAUCUUUUGCAGAAGAAAAGAAAGAGGAACCCAAUGCUGACAUUAAUGGUGAGGGAGACUCAAAUCUGAAGGAAGAUUCCAAGCAGCAGGGAAAGAAAUCUCAAGUCAAGGCAAACAAAGCUCCUGCAAAUGUCUCCAAGAUCUCAAAAACCUUAAAGGAGCCUAGUAAUAUGAGUGGUGGUAAUUCAAAGAACAUUAAGGUGACAAAGGAUAAACCUCAUCUGAGAAGUGCAGCUCCAGUUACUCGUAAUCAGAGGCCUGCGCUGUCCCAGAGUCUUUCAUUUCCCGCAAGAAGAGUCCAUGGGGAUGCUCUUGUGAAGAGCAUUGAUGAAUAUGAGGAGAAAGCUGACCCCAAACAUGCCCAGGAAAAAAACUCGAAAGUCCAUGUCUCUUCUUCCAAAGGAUCAGUUCUUUUAUUGUCUCGUUCGAGUCAUCCCAAUAGGCGCGGAUCCAUCCAUGCGGACUCGAAGAAUGUGAAUGGUGGUGGAACUACUUCUAGAAGGGCUACUUUAGCAUCUUUCCCUAGCAAUGAGCAAGCUGUGUCUGCAAAAUCUGGUCCUGGUAAUGCGGCUGCUAAACCCUCUUCAUCAUCCGAAUCAGCGGAUUCAAAGCCAAUAACAGCUGCAGUGCUGAUCAAAGAGGAUGAUGAUGUUCAUUCCACUACUUCUGCCACUUCUCGUAGCACUAGGAGGAGUAGUGGGCCAGGAUUCACCUUUAGGUUGGAGGAACGUGCCGAAAAGCGGAAGAAGUUUCUUUCGAAGCUAGAAGAGAAGAUCCAUGCCAAGGAAGUUGAAAAGAAUAACCUGCAGGCAAAAUCAAGGGAGAACCAGGAGAAAGAAAUCAAGCAACUAAGGAAGAGUUUGACUUUUAAAGCGACACCAAUGCCAAGUUUCUACAGAGAGCCUCCUUCAAAAGUUGAACUAAAUAAGAUACCGACUACACGUGCAAAAUCCCCAAAGCUUGGAAGGAACAAGGGCGGUGCUGCUGCAACCAACAACCCUUCAGAAGGUGAUGGUUCUGGUGUUAGCCUAUCCUUGAACCAAGAACGCAACAAUUCAACCAAAAAAAAUCAAACCAAUGGUAGUGAAGAUGUUGCUUCCAAGAAGACUGUAAAGAAGCCCCAACCCAAGCUUCAAUCUAAGGAGACCGCCAAAUCCGAAGAAAAGCCUGGAAAGUCUGAACCGAAAACGAAGAAGACGGAGAACCUUGUGCAGGAUGCUUGUGUUGGGAAGCCUGAAGAAAACCAGACUGAUCCCAUCAACCUUGCCCAAUCCGAGGAUGCUGUAACUGUAGCAGAAGAAAUAAACCCUACUCAGAAUGGUGGGCCGAUGCCAGGUUUGGCUAACUCCGAUAUAAUGGCCCGUCAAGUCACAGUUGGAGGUUGAAGAUCGGGAUUCUCAGGCCUUGUGUUAAUAGUUUCAUUUUUUUUUUACUUAUUAAUCUCAAGUUUCAUGCUGUUGUGAAUAGUAUUUGUAAGUUGAUGACAUUUUUUGGAGUGUUAUUUUGUA